AGGUCACAGGGUUUUGGCUAGAGACAAGGAGGGAGGGCUAUGAUCGAGCCCCAUGGACGGCGAGGCGCGGGCUGAGGCUGUCCUCUUGGCGGCCCCAUGGCUCCUGCUGAAUCUCAGCUGCGAGAUGAUUUUCAUCCUGCACUCCCGCCUGGACAGCAAUUCCGCGGACGUCAGGAAGAGCCAGCGCAUUGUGGAUGACCUGGUGCAGACGCUGGUGGAGCCCUGCAACUUCUCUGAGACCUUGCGCCCCCAUGCCCUGAGCUCUCUGGCUGCUGCGAAGGCCUCUUUCUCCAGGACCCAGUUCUGCAGUUCUGCAGGUCGACUGGUUCCCUUCGUUUUUUGUGGCUGGCUUCCCUACAAAUACACGAUCCCAAGACGGGGUCCGUUUGGUGUUCCGCAUUUUUGGUCACUUGCAACUUGAGGCUGGCGCAUUGCAGCAUAGCCAGACUAGAGAAGGGCUCUAUGAGCAAGCUGUUCUCGCUCAUGGUGAUGAGCGUGAAGACUAUGCUGAUGAUGUGCCGCAACCCCCAGCAGAUGGUGGAGAUUUUGCCAACCCGCUUGGGUGUUCUGGAGAGCAUGGCUUCCCCAUCGCUGGUGCCAGCGCUGCUGCUGUGCAAAGAAAAGGCUACGGAGCUCUUCAAGUCCUUGGCUCAGCUACAGCUGCAGAGCGUGAGACAAGAGCUGUGUCUGAUCCUGCAGGGCCUCACCACCAAAGUGACCCCGUUGAUAUCUACAGGCCUGCAGAACCUGGGUGGCUUUAUCUCCGUCAGAGGGGAAGGGGCAGCGCUGCCCGACCAAUUCUGCGCCGGCACCGUGCGGUACUUCGCAGGGAAAAAAGUGACCGUCGCGCAGGCCGGCAAGGCCGCACAUCAGGAAGGGCCCGAUCCGCGGUGGCCGGUGGAGCUGGGCGGGGAUCUCUACGGGAGCACCCACCCGAGAGGUGGACUGGCAAAGAUCAUCCAACUGGAGGCGGACCAGGAGCGGAUCUGGUGCCGGUCGCUGGGGGGGGCCGAGCUGGUGGUGUCCUUCCAAGACGUGAAGGAUUUGGAGGAUCUCAAAAAACAGAUCGCGGCACACUUCGGAGUGAAGCCAAGGAGUUUGGUGCUGCUGAAAGAGGGCGCCCAGCUCCGCCAAUUCCACUGCACAGAUCUCAAGGGGCUGCUUAGUGGCGAAGGCAACGCGCCGCAGGCGAUUCCAGAUCGGCCAGCGUUGCCAUGGCUGGUGCGGGAGACAACUAAGGAGUUAGAGGCUGCCCUCCCGGCCUUCGAGGUGCCGCCCGAGGCACCAGCAACAGCGCCAGCCGCAGCCGACGCGGCCGCAGCCACAGCCGACGCGGCUCCAGCAGCCAACGCAGCCGACGCGGCUCCAGCAGCCAACGCAGCUCCAGAGGCGCCGCCCGAGGCGCCAGAGGCGCCGCCUGACGCGCCAGAGGCAACGGCCCCGCCCAAGGCGGCGGCCAAGAGAAGUGCGAUUUGCAGUUUGCUGUGAGGGCGGUCCUUUGGCCAAGUUUCAGAUGCCCUUAAAUCUCUUUUUGUUUGGCGGCUUCUCCGCUUAAAAUGGUCAGCCCUCACCUUACCAGAGGCGCGAGGCAGCGGAAUUUGUAAGGCAGCCUUGAGUUUGUGGUUUCACCUGGAGGAGAGU